AACUUGGCGUUAUAAAUGGGUUGCCUCUCCUUUCGGUCCCGCGAAAACCUCUCUUCUCCAUCUCUCACCUCAACUACUAGACACCCCCUUUCUAUUCUCCUUCCCCUUCAAUUCCACACCUCAUUCUUAUCUCUUUUUGCUUCCAUUCAUGUUUUACAACUUCAUUUCUUCAACCCCAACUCCAACACCUUGAAAAGAUUCAAUCUUUUUGUUGGGUCUCAAAAAUUGACCCCUUUUUGUUCUAAUUUCAGUGUUUUAUGAUUCUUGGUUAUGAAAAAUCAAUUCUUGGCCACCUGGGUCUCUCCAAAAACCAAGAUUAAGCUGUGAACCAUCGUCAUGUCGAUCAUUGAAGCGCGAAAAGGCCGUCAACGACAGCGUUAUGAAGAUAAUUUACGGCUUGUUUCUGGGUGCAUUCCUUACAGAGUGGUUAGAAAUAAUGCUGAGGACAGCUUUGAUCUGGAGAGUAGUUUAGAGGUUCUAAUGAUAUCUUCACCAAAUCGUGAUGAUUUGGUUUUUCCAAAGGGUGGAUGGGAGAAUGAUGAGACUGUUGAAGAAGCUGCAUGUCGAGAAGCUUUGGAGGAAGCAGGCGUAAAAGGAAUUAUUAAGGGUGAUUCCCUAGGAGACUGGACGUUUAGAAGUAAAAGCAGACAAGAGAGUGGUUGCCUCGAAGGAGGCUGCAAAGUAUGCAUGUUUGCACUGGAGGUGACUGAGGAGCUUGAUGCCUGGCCAGAGCAGGAAAACCAUGACAGAAAAUGGUUGUUUAUAAAAGAUGCAUUCCAGCUGUGCCGCUACAAGUGGAUGAGUACAGCCCUGGAAAAGUUUUUAGAAGUAAUGGCUACAGAAGAAAAACACGGGGCAGGCCAAAGUUUAGUAGUCUUGCACCCAGCUCAAGUUUCAGACGUAGACGAUAGUUUAGUGGUCCUGAAUCCUGCUCCAGCAUCAGAGGUGGUUACGGAAAACCCAAUAAUGUCAACUAACUGUUUGCCAAGCCUGCUAAGCCAAAAUUCCACCGUCUUGGAAUCCUUCAAGUGCCCAGCACAGCAAUUUCACUCCACCAGUGAUGAGAGUAACAACAGAAUCAGAGCUGGAAGACUAGUUUCUGUGAUUCAAGUAUAGAAGAUGAAUCCUUGUGCAUUUCUGGUGUAGAUUUGUGCAUGAUCUCCAAAUCCAGUAAUUACCUUCUGCACUAGUAUCAAAUAACAACGCAGAUGGAUCCAUAUCUGUACGGGCAGUUGUUAUAGGUAAAUUCCGGACAUUGUUAAGUGAAAUCACCAAGUGAUUUUUAUCAGCCAUGAUAUAAAGAAAUCAGCAAGUUGUUCGUAGAUUUAUUUAUAUCAUCAGCAAGUUGUUCGUAGAUAUAUUUGGUUUGCUUGAUGAUCGUUGUGGUAGGAAAUAAAUCAGUUGUAAUUACGAACAGAAGAAAUAGAGUUUCGGUUCAAGCUGGAAUACUUGUAAGUUCACCAUUGUAGCAUCUCUGAAUUGUUCACAACCACUUCAUCAUCAUUAUCAGAGGCUGUCCUGAGCAAUUUGAACUUGCUUUAAGCUGUCGUA